UUCCUUCUUCCUUUUGUCAGCAAACAGUUCACUCUCCCUUGGACCUGCUAUCUGCGUCCUGCAGAAACAUUACACUUACACUAUGGGAAGCGGCGCCUCAACCCAACAUCAUUUUGCUUUCCAGAAUGCAGAGAAAGCCUUCAAGGCAGCGGCCCUGAUCCAGAGAUGGUACCGGCGCUACAUGGCCCGCCUGGAGAUGAGGCGGCGCUGCACCUGGAGCAUCUUCCAGUCUAUAGAGUAUGCUGGGCAGCAAGACCAGGUCAAGCUCCACAAUUUCUUCAGCUACCUUGUGGAUCACUUCACCCCCAGCAGUCACAACGAGAGGGACUUCCUGAACCGCAUGUUCACUGAGGAGAGAUGCCCCCAGGCCUCCGAGAUGGAGAAUUGCAGGGACUAUGAAUCUGUCGAGGUACCGGACAGUUACACAGGGCCACGGCUCUCCUUCCCACUCCUUCCCGACCAUGCAACUGCUCUGGUGGAAGCUUUCAGAGUGAAACAAAGGCUCCAUGCUCGCUAUGUCUUGAAUCUUUUGUAUGAAGCCAGGAAACAUCUGGUACAACUGCCAAACAUCAACCGGGUCUCCACUUGUUACAGCGAGGAAAUCACAGUAUGUGGAGAUUUACACGGCCAGUUGGAUGACUUAAUAUUUAUAUUUCAUAAGAACGGCCUCCCAUCACCAGAGCGGGCCUAUGUGUUCAACGGCGACUUUGUGGAUCGAGGGAAGGAUUCAGUAGAGAUCCUCAUGGUUCUUUUUGCCUUCAUGUUGGUUUACCCAAAAGAGUUCCAUCUCAACCGAGGAAACCAUGAGGACCAUAUGGUGAACUUACGAUAUGGUUUCACAAAGGAAGUGAUGCAUAAAUAUAAGACACAUGGCAAGAAAAUACUAAAACUACUGCAAGAUGUGUUCUGCUGGCUUCCGCUGGCCACUCUGGUUGAUGAGAAAGUCCUGAUUCUUCAUGGUGGAGUGUCAGACAUGACUGACUUGGAGUUCUUGGCUAAACUAGACAGGCACAAGAUUGUUUCCACCAUGAGGUGCAAAACGAGAAAGGAGCGUGAGAAACAGGCAGAGGAGAAGGGAAAAGCCAACCAGACGAGCUCUGCCGGGAGACCCUCCCCGUGGUUUCUCCCCCAAAGCCACUCUCUCCCCGCCUCGCCCCUCCGCCCCAGCACCCACAGAGCCGGGCACUCCUCCAGCGUCCCCUGCACGGUCCCCCUGGACCCCGAGGAGCUCUCCCAUUGGGUGCGGCACUCCAUGGACCUGGAGCUGGAGAGGUGUCGGCAGCAAGCGGGCUUCCCAGGGAUCAAGGAGGAGGAGCCCUUGCCCUUGGCAUCCGAAGCGGACUCGGAAGCUGAGGGGCGGCCGGAACCCACUCAGGAGGAGUGGAGACAGGUGGUGGAUAUACUGUGGAGUGACCCCAUGGCUCAGGAGGGCUGCAAGGCCAACACCAUUCGAGGAGGUGGCUGUUAUUUUGGGCCUAACGUGACAGAACGGUUGCUACAGAAAUACAAUCUGCAAUUCCUGAUCCGCUCGCACGAGUGCAAACCCGAGGGCUAUGAAUUCUGCCACAGCCGCAAGGUGUUAACCAUCUUUUCUGCCUCCAACUACUAUGAAGUUGGCAGUAACAGAGGAGCCUAUGUCAAACUAGGGCCGGCCUUGACCCCGCACAUUGUGCAGUUUCAAGCUAACAAGGCAACCCACACGCUUACCAUGAGGCAAAGGCAAGACUUUUCAAUGAAUGAUUUUCAGAAAGACAGAAUUAUAGUGUUUGUGGAAACUUUGAAGUGCAAAUGUCAUUACAUUUAUCCAAAUUCUAAGUCAGAGUUCAAAAUUUAGCUGCGUCAGCAGUAGGACCUAGAAUAGACAUUAAAACAGGGCCUCUUCUUUCUCCUUCAUACACUCUAAAAUCUCCACCUACCCAUCAUUAAUGAAAGGGACAAAUUUGCUUCCUGCAGAAAUUAUUCCCCGUGCGUAUGUCUUGGGUGAAAUCCAUAUACCAGGCCACUAAAUCUCUCCAGGGUCACUCUUCCUUUUUCUUUCAUCCCUAAAGCGUCUGUGUUACCUGGUCAACCACAGACAAAGGUUCUUUCACUAUCUGGGGAUUUAGCAGAUGGAUUUCAGUGCACACAUUUGUUAACAAUGCUCCUUUCUUCCUGGGAAGAGAGCAUAUAAUAUGACUUAAAUGGUUUCUGUUGAGGUGAUUCUGAGUUCUAAUCUUAGUUGAGAGCUUACUAUACACUAAGUGUUAUUGUAAAGAAUUUAUAUAUUGUUUCACGAUGAGCUUAUGAAAUACACAGCAUUACUAAUUUCAGUUUUAUAGAUGAGAUCAUUAAGGAACAGAGGUUAAAUCAGUGGCCAUUGGUCACACAGCUAGUAAGUGGUGAAAGUAGACAAUCUUAUUUCAGAACCCAUAUACUUAACAACUCUAUAGUGCUGUUGCCCACUGAGAAGCUGGCCCCGGAGUAUAUAAGCUGCUGAAAGAUACAGUUGCAGUGCUGCUGAACAAGCUUCUUUAAUUAUCAGCCAAACUAAAUUAGAAGUGAAAACAAAGUCAGCAUAGGGACUUACCUGGCAGCACAGUGGUUAAGAAUCUGCCUGCCAAUGCAGGGGACACGGGUUCAAUCCCUGGUCUGGGAAGAUCCCACGUGCCGCGGAGCAACUAAGCCCGUGCGCCACAACUACUGAGCCCACGCAUCACAACUACCGAAGCCUGCGCGCCUAGAGCCCGUGCUCCGCAACAAGAGAAGCCACCGCGAUGAGAAGCCCGCGCACCGCAACAAAGAGUGUCCCCCGCUCGCUGCAACUAGAGAAAGUCCGUGCGCAGCAACGAAGACCCAACACAGCCAAAAAUAAAUAAAAUUUUUUAAAAAGUGAAAUAAUGUAAUUUUUUUUUAAGUCAGCAUAAAUCUAGUGGGAAAAGAAUACAGGAAUAUUUAAUAUCUGCCUUGUGCGAGUGCUAUAAAAGUGCAUUAUUUUAAAUCACUCGAGUUAUUAAAUACUCAAGAGUUACUAAACAGUCAAGUUUUACACAAUCAGAGCCAGCAUCACUCAAAAAGAAGUAUUAUGUGAAAAGUUAAACUCACCAAAUGAUAGUGAAACCUACUAUGCUACAGAAUCAUCUCUGGAGCUCUUAUAAAAAAUCAUUUAUUGGGCUUCCCUGGUGGCGCAGUGGUUGGGAGUCCGCCCGCCGGUGCGGGGGACGCGGGUUCGUGCCCCGGUCCGGGAGGAUCCCACAUGCCGCGGAGCGGCUGGGCCCGUGGGCCACGGCCGCUGAGCCUGUGCGUCCGGAGCCUGCGCUCCACAACGGGAGAGGCCACGGCAGUGAGAGGCCCGCGUACCGGAAAAAAAAAAAAAAAAAAAAAAAAUCAUUUAUUGGAGCCUCAUCCCACCCCUCCCAAAUUAGAAUCUCCAGGGGUGGGCCCCAGGAACCCGGGAUACCAUGAUUCCAUGUGAUUUAGAUGUUCCCACCACAAAAGGAAUCACUGUGGGGAACCCUAUAAAUAACAUGUUUUAAUACCGUAAUUAAAGAACACUCACCUUUUAAAAAUAUUCACUGAUUGCAUUAAAGCUAGUACAACAUCCCCUAAUUUAUGCAGAAGUCACUUGUCUAACAAUUCCAACUAUUUGGACCACAAUGGAGAACUAAGAAGUAAAGAGGAAAAUGUCUCUGACAACCAUAAUGGAUGUCUCAGUGUCCACCAACUCAAGAUCAUGUGUUUUUCCUAGAGGAACCCUCAUUCAGAAUCCAUUUAUUUUUGGUUUAAACCCACAUCUCAUGAUAAUAGUUUAGCCAGCCUGGAGUCCACUUGUCAAGAUUGAUUUCUGGCCCUACCCCUUACUAGCUAAGGGACCUUGGGCUAGUUACUUUCACUGUAAUAGGCAUAAUAGUUUUACCUACCUCAGUGGGUGUUGGAAGAUUAAUGAGAUGAUCCAUGCAGAGCUCAAUAUGCGCUGCUUGACGUAGGGACAGAGAGCCUUGUGCAUCCAGGCAGCUCUCAAGGCCAUUGCUAUACUCCAUCCCUGCAUGAUAACCAUCAAUGAGCACAGUUUACCAGAAAUACUUUAAAUGCUUUUCAAACCAAUGGUUCUUAAACUUUUAGGGGGUCCCAUACUUCUUUUAGCCUCUGAUAAGACAACGCACUCACCAGAAAAAGCACAUACGCUCACAUACUCAUGAAAUCUGAGGUGACUUUUAGGCAGCUCAUACUUUACUAAGGGUUUAUGAAGACCAUUAUGCUAAGUACCUUAAAUUUCAAGGAAGACUUUCAUCAAACAUGAUGAAAAUGGGGUUUUUUGGUUUGUGUUUUGGCCUUUUUUGUACUUUUAGCACUUGAAAAGAUAGGUUAUCUGGUCAUCAUUUACAGAAUGGCUGCUUCCUCAAUGACAUAGGACAAAGUAUAUAUUUACCUUUUAUCUCUUUUUAUAUUCUUGUUUAUUCAACUACAGAUAUUUAUUGAACACAUUUUAGGCCAAGUAUCAUGCCCAGCAUUCCU